AUGGCAACCUCCUUCCAAUCACACGUCCACCACAAUUUCGAACCUCCCAAUUCAGACCUCCUCUUCGGCGGACGCCGAGUCUCAGAUAUCCUCCGGGAUGGGAACACCUCAAUUUCCCGCCGCAGCUCCCGCAAGUCAAGCACAGACAACUUCGCCUUAACCGAAUUAGUGCAUUCACUUGCCAACCGCAGCAGCAGUGACAUCCUCCCAUCAAGACUCAUUGGAGCAGACUACGAGACCAUUUUAGAAUGGGUUAGCUCCGAACGGAUGAGGAAGCUGCCAGCGGAGGGAAGCAGCUAUGAUAAGGUGCUGGUGUGGGCAAGGCUAUUUGUUGAGCGUUUGCAUUCGUUUGAUUUGGCUGUUGAGAGCUUCGCGGGGGAUAAUCAUAUGGCAGCGCAGUUGGCUUAUGUUCAUUGCGCUAGUUUACUUGGCCUCGGAGAAGAAAACUCCGGCGCCCUACUUGACCUCUUUGGCUUCUUCUACCGCUGCUCUAUGGGCCUAGGCAACCUGCUGGACCGCGCUGAACUGUUCAUCGUCUCACAGAACAUCAAAGACCAAUUGAUUCUGGCUUUGGCGGAUUUGGUUACCCUCGUUGUCGGGGUGGCUACCCACUUCCUCGACUCGCUGGGACAGUUGGAGUCUGGUUCUGUGUCGAUUGAUAUUUAUAGUACCUUUGCAGCACCUAUUGAGAGCUUCCGUACGAGAUGUGAGUAUGUUGCUGAAUUGAUGUGGAGCCAUCAGUUGGCGCAGGAGGGCGUUGAUACUAAAGUGGCCAAGCUCGAAACAAUCAGGCAAUGGCUCGAGCCUGAAGAUCCCGUGCUUGGGAACAUCACAGAGAGAACCGCGCAAUUUGCCCAGGAGCGCGAGGAAUCGACCUGUCUCUGGCUGAUGCCAUACCUCAACCGUUUCCUCAAAAGUGACCAGCAUACAAUGGUCAUUACUGGCCAGCCUGGAUCGGGCAAGUCCAUUCUGGCAACAGUCAUCAAUGACCAGCUGCAAUACCCGAUUGGGGGUAUUAACUACAAAUCCAUCUUUGUACCAAUUAAUAGUCGGGUCCCAGCAAACUCGACCCCCCGCGCAGUUGCAAAAUCCAUCCUCUCCCAGCUCUUCGCCGGCCGCAUCGGCAACGUCCACCUCUACCAAAUUCUCUCAGACGCAUGUUCCCAGUCCCAAAAGACAAUCGACAACGAAUCAUAUGACAACACCCUCUGGACUGCUCUUGCAAACGCCUUACAGGCCAGUCUAAAGGGCGCCAAAGAACUCGUCCUUGUUAUUGACGGUGUUGAUGAAUCCAGCUGCGGCCAAUCCGCGCUCCUGAGCAGACUUCGGGAUGCAACGGCCAACGCAUCUAAUCUCAAGGUGAUCCUGCUGGCCUCAGAAAAGGAGUCGGCAGCGACUGCACCCAACGCACAGACUACGGUGCAUAUUACCCCGGAGCUGAUCUUUGAUGACGUUGCUGCUGUCAUCCGGAGAGUUUUCCAGGAUUGUCCGGCAUUCGAUCAGAUGUCUGAGGAACAGCGGGAGUUGACCGUCACCCGGAUCACAGAGGCAGCUAACGGCUCAUUCCUGUGGGGGAAGCUGGCGACAAAGAAGAUCCGGGAUGAGAAUUACUCCAACGCGGAGAGUCUAGCCAAGGCCAUUGAAAGCCUGGUUAAAGCGAAUUAUUCCGUCUCAGAUCUUGUGUCUCACCGUCUGGGACCCAAACUGCCCGAGGAUGGGAAGAAGAUUCUGUCCUGGCUCGCAACUGCUUCUCGCCCGAUGACAUUGCCGGAGCUUUCUGCUCUUCUCUCUGUGCAGCUGGAUAAGGGCACCAUCGUGGAGCAGGACAGCAACCCACUGACUCUUCUGAAGCCCGUGACGUCGCUGGUAUUUUACCAUAGUAACAUGCUCUAUCUGCGCCAUGGCCAGAUCCGUGCAGCUAUCACCGAUGCAUCCGCGAAAGGCUCCUUCUUGCCUAUCGUCAAGAACAGACACGCGGAUCUGGCGCAGAGAUUGCUGCUUUAUGUCAAGAGGACCGUGACCAAUGGCAGCGAGCCAUCCUUGACGCCCCCGGACGGACCAUCCACAUCGGCCCAGUUGGAAAAGUACCCCCUCUUGGACUUCGCCCUCAGGUACUGGGUGAACCAUGUGAAGACGGCAUUUGGCUGCACUUCAGACCAGGAAAUCAACACAGCGAGCAAGGAACUCCGUCCCGUCCUGCCCACGACCCCAGCUGUGCCAUUGCUUGAAACAACUGUUUGGAAGAAUAAGCCGACCCCAGCGCUGGUGAACUUGCAUACGCUGGAAACAAGCAUUUACGAUAAGAGCCUAACCAGCAACCACCCGGCAACUCUGCAAGCAGUUCUCUGCCAGGCUCACACUUACCGACCGCUCCGGGAUACAGCGCAGAUCCAAGUCAGUCAGGUCUUCUACCACGCCGUGAAGACCAGCCAGACCGUCCUCUCCGUCCAACAUGUCAUCACCAUGCAAAUCACCAAGGAGUUUUUGGAUAUCACCUCAAACCAGGUCACGACUUCCAAGACAGAUAUCAUGACAAAGCGGAUCGAGAUGCUUCAGCUGCUGGUGGAAUGCUACAAAAUUCACUAUGGCGCUGAGAGCGAGAUGGUCGUUUCGACAUUGACGCAGCUGUCGGAGCAUUACAAGUCAAUCAAGGAAGAGCACAAGGCGCAGGAGGUCUUGAAUUCAUUUCAAGGAACCUCCAUAACAGAGCCCCACAUUCGAUGGAAGUCUCUGUCAACAGAUGAAUCGUUGCUGGUGCAGCUUCAUGGCCGUCGAGAGUCGAUUCAGGAGGGCACUAUUCUCGCGCUCGACGAAAAGGAAGAAGACGAGCUCCUUUCCUGGUCCUACAACUUUGAUGCAAUGAUCAAGCGGGCCGAGAAAUUUACUGCCGAGGGCAAUGUGAGGGCCGCAGAGCGGACGUAUGUCGAAAUCUGGCAGCGAACAAGCAGGGACUUCCGUCUGCAACGCUCUUUGCAAUUGGAGUUGCAGAACAUCAAGGUUACCCUGAUGUACUCCAAAUUCCUGCAAUCCCAGAAGAGAGAAAAUGAAGCGUCUUCGGUUCUAUCCGGUUUCUGGGAGGAAUACGAACACAUUAUGACUAGCUCCGAAGCCGUCGCAUCGCAGUUGAUGGAAGUUGCUAAGGUCAUGAAGUCCGUUGAACUGUCGUGCACUGCUCUCAGUGUGUUCCAGAGGUGCGCCCAGAACGUCAACCGCCAGAGUUCCCUGCACAAGGAGCUCCAGAGUCUUGCUCAGUCCACUUCCAAGGAAGUCAUGCAGAGCGCGGGCACAUCGACAUCAACAAUGUCCGAAUCGAGUCUCCAGGAGAUGGUCUUUGGCAGUACAUCCGCGUCCGCGUCCAAGAAAGACCGGUUCUCUUCCACUGCCACGACCGCCCUAGUCCAGAUGUAUAUUUCCCAGCACCGCUGGCGCGAGGCCACCAAGACCCUGAAAAAGAUCUUGCUAAUAAUCUGGUCUGCGCUGUUCGUCCCCUCAGUCCACGACGUCGUCCUCCCGUCCGAGAACGUCGAACACUGCGUCGACCUCGCCGAAAAUCUAAAGGACUGCUACCGCUACCGCCAUCGCUCGGCAAAGGAAGAAGACAUUUGUCUACGUCUCUACCAUGCCGUCCGCCGUUCUCGACCAGCCGGCGACAAAUUGCUUGACCGAGUAACAAAGGGGCUCCUCCGCGUAUACGAGCGCACGACGCAGACAGAAAAGCUCAUCUCCAUUCACCAAGAUAUCCUGAAUGACUACAGCAAGCGGUUCGGAGAGGGCCAUCCGACGGUGCUUAGGGAAUUGCGGAUUCUGGCUGAAAUGACGCAUUCGCGCGCGGAAUCGGUUGACUAUUCUUGGCGCAUUUUCAAGGCUUUGAAUAAGGAUUCGAACGUCUGCCAUCGGGAUGCGUUCGAGCCACUGCUUAUUGUUGUCACGGAGUUGUUCAACCAGGGACGGUUCUCGGAUGCGUUACAGCCGUUUACGGUAUUGUUCAAUACGCUGCCGCACUCGAAUGUCAACCCUAAGCUCCGGGACCAGACGUUCGUGAAAUCGGUGUUUGAUAACUACGUGCAAUGUUUGCGUUUGGUCCACCGGGAUGUCCAUGUCAUUCAUGAUGUGGCGGCUCAGUAUCGCAAAACGUGCACGAGUGUCUUCGGAGCAACGGCUUCGAUCACGAUUCAGGCCACGCAGACACUCGCCAACGUCUGCCGCGAGUCCACGAAAUACGAGUCCGAGGCAGUGCAACUAUACGAAGAACUGCUCAAGAUCCAGUCGAACGAGGUAGAUAUCGAUCACGAUGACAUCCGCGCAACGCUGGAUGCAAUCUAUGAAGAUCAAUGUGCAUCUGUCUCCUCGUCCACAGAGUCCGUCUCAGCAGAGCAAAUGUACAAAGUGAUCUCCAUACGAAGCCGACGUCUCUCAACUACCCGGUCUACCAACGGCUGGGCUCACCAGGACUCGCUCUCACAGAUGGACGAGCUUGUUGCCCUAUAUGUCAAGCGAGGCGAGACUCAUGCCGCCGUAUCACUUCUCCAAGAGACAGCCAUCCAGGUGCUUGUGACAGAGACCUCAACCACGAGGCUGACCGCUGCCGCCAAACACAUCGCCUCCAGCUUCAUAGCAACAGGGCAAGUGCACCGCGCCAAGGAACUCGCGCAGGAGAUCUAUCGCCAGAUCGUGGCCAAGGAUACUGUCAACAUCAGCACAGCCAAGUUCGACCUGACUGUCAAGCACCGCCAGACUUUGGCCUUUCUGGCUCAAUUUGAGUACAGUAUCCGCGAGCGGGAGGAGUCGUCGCUGACGGUGAAUGAGAUCUAUUCAUCGCUCACGGCCGAGUAUCUGUACUUUGAGCAAUUUAGGGCGGAGAUCAGCUCCGCAAAGGCGAGUAGUUUCCAAAGCGUUAUUGGAACUGUUUCCCGUCUGCAUGGAUUCCUCCGCUCCAGAGGCCGCUGGUCGCCUGCUGCGAGACUCGUGGACCAAUUCACCAACUACUUCGUCUCAACGCAGAACGAGAAGAUCCAGGUGAGCGCAGGCCAGGCGAAGGUCUUCAUCAGCGCGCUACUAGAAUACUUCAGCACGCAUUCGUCGCACGACUUCCUCCGCUCUGUCGCCAUCGCCAGCUACAACCGCGUCGAACAACUCCUUUCCUCCAAAGACUACAAAACCGCCUCCGACCUAGCCCUGACCUCCUUCAAAUUCAUCCGCGCCCACGACGGCUUCUCCUCCUCCAUCUCAACCAUCAAGCUAGGCUUCAAGCUCGGCCUCGCCGUCUCCGGCCGCGACAUCCAACCGCACCCCGACCCCCCAACCCGAAAGAACAUGCUCACCACCUCCGCAAUAAUCAUGACCGACAUUCUCGGCUACUGCAAGCUCAAGAAGAUCGACCUCUCCCAGCUCGACCUCCUCAACCUAAACAGCCUCAUCGGCCUCCUCGACGAGCAGAAAGACUACCACAUGCUCGAAUGGGUCCUGUCUUCGCUCUGGAACAGUCGCGAGCGUCACGCUCCCUGGCAGCAACAGUCAUCCUACACCCUCGCCCUCGGCCGCAUGCUCGUUAUCACCCGCUACCUGGUCGGCGAUUACAUGGCUGCUAUCCGGCUGGCCAAGGACAUGGUGUACAACAGCGCGCGCGUACACGGUCCCCGCCAUCCAAGUUCCAUUGAAAUGACCAUCCUGCUUUCCCAGAUGUACACCAGCGUUGCGCAAGGGUACCAGAACCAGAAGGACCGCCGCGAGCUCGCAUACAGGUACUACCGCAAAGCCGCUGGUCUGCACGAGAACGCGCUCCGCGUGUUCAUCGACCCGACCGCGACCGAAAUGGUGGAAACUGCUUCCUCCGGCUCUGAGUCCGAACCACCUAGCCCUGGCGAGGGGGCGGAAGAGCGGACGGGUAAGUAUGUACGACAGCAUUUGCAUCUUCUUAAGCUUGCUGUUGAGAGGCUGGGGGACUGGCCCAAGGAGUACUCGGAGUAUGAGAGGUUGAGUGCGGAGCUGUUUAGUGCGUUUGGGGGUGAUUUGAAGGGCAUUGAGGGGGUUGAUAAGUGGAAUUUGAAGAACUUUGGGUCUGGAAGGGCUGAGGCGAGUGAUGAUUUGAUUUCGCCCAAGUCGUAUCCUGGGAUGACGUUGGAGAAACAUGCUGUUGCUGUUUGA